GGGGCAUCCGCGCUUUAUAGGGCAGCGGGUGUUGACACAAGAUCACUCGCAAGCACCUACACGUCAAAGUCCCUCUGCUGUUUCUCCUCUUUUUUUCCACUUAUUUUUUUGGGCCUUUUUCUUUGUGCAUUUUCUCGGUAGAUUAUUGGUAGGGCCAAAUUCUCAGGUCAUCUGUAUUAUGAUACGAGUUUAUCCUUAAGGCUAUCUUCUGUUAAUAAAGUGGAUAGGAAGUGCAUUUCAUCAACUGAUCACAGUAGUUUCUCACUCCAACGCGCAUCCUCUGCUGUCUUUUUCCCUACGCGUUCUGCCCUCCUUACACCCCUCAUGAUUCCCCCUUUUCUAAAUACUUCUAACCUCAAAAAUGCACUCAAGAUCAAUACAAAAGGUGGGAUCAGUGUGGCCUGUCUUUUUUUUUUUUUCUUUUUUGUGGAGUUGACAAGAAGAAGGGAGGAAAAGGAACUCGCCCUCGUCCAUAUUACCCUAUGUUGAUAUUAGUACUUGUAUUAUCUUUUCUGAAUCCGCUGAUAGCACUUCCCACCCCUUUUCUGUUAUAAGGAUGUAAACAUGAUAUGGUAUUGAGUUGGAAAAUUCAACCUGGUGGAUCAUUGUAACUCCUAUAAUCAUAGGUAGCGUUCUCAGUUAUACUUAUUUUGUUGUUCCAUUGAAGUCAAUGUCAGAACAUAGCGUUCGAUCAAGCUCAUGGCCUCCUAACAGCGUUGCUGAUGACCAUAUGAAUUAAAGCUAUACGGGGAGUACCAAGCAGUCUGUCC